AUGGGGGGUCAACAGAUACAUAAGUCAUCCAAUGAAACAGUCGAGAAUCCCGUAGUGAUUGAUACGAGAAUACCACCGAAAGUAAAGAAUCAAUUAAAGCACCGUAUUAAAACCAGGAAUGAAGAUGGUGAUGCGCCUAUUGAAAAUUCCCAUGCCGGAAUCGCAGUACCAGUUACAAUGGAAGAAUUGGAAUCUGAGAACAUCGUUACAGACAUUGGCGCAGAAUCGUCUACGUCCAAUGAAGGGAUAUCGACGUGGAUCCUUUUAAACAGUCCUGUCAACAAAGAAAGUAAUCCAUCAUCUACAACGGAAUCAGUUAAACUCGAAGACCCCCCGAAGAAACAAAAACCGGCUAGUAACAAGAACAAAACCAAACGGCCACAAAGCAUCAAGGUACCUAAGAGGCCUAUAAUAGGCAGUACCAACAAAUCUGACUUAGUUGCUGGUGGCUCGGCUAUUAAUGAAAACGUUUACAAUAAACUAAAAGAUACGGUGCUAUCGAACGUACAAAAGAAUAAGAACACAGCUCAGCGCAUCACAGCAACUACGAGCAUAACUCCAAUAACAACAACAGAAGCACCAACAACUAAAAAGGAAAUAGUUACAAAGGCACCCAGUUCGAUAAUACCUAUUGUAAAGGUCACCUCUAAACCGACUAAAAAGAAAAACAAAAAUAAAGUGAAAGUGAGUACCAGCACUCCGGUUAACAGUGAUUCAGCUCUGUUACCAAUGGAAGCAAAAGAACAAGAGAUAGAGAUUGAGGUAAGCACGCCUGUUACUACUACCAAAAAGCCAAAACGCACAUCCACUAGGAAGAAAAACAAGACAAAAAAUAAGAAAACAACGAAACCUAAAACAGAAAGCUCAACCGCUAUUGCAACUGAAACAAAGACUGCCAAUAAAACGAAAUCUUCAAAGCAACCGAAGCCAGCGAACAGUGGUCCAAUUACCACACAGAUUUAUAACUAUUUCUCUAGGGAAGUAAUGCCUACCGUCGGAGUAGGUGUCAUAGGCUUGGCAAGUUUGGUUGGUAUCGCCAGUUACUUCUUAUACCCCUUCACAAGUCCAGUAAGGCGCACCUUCGAAGUAGAUAAAAAAGAUGAUAUUUACAAACAUAAUGCUGAGGAAUACGCUAAUGAGGGCAACGGCCAAGCGGAAGAAGAAAUGCUUGGUACAGUCCUAGCAGGUAUGCCGACACAUGCGAAGCACAAGAUAAAUCCGUACGCUGCUCAGACACCACACGUGAACAGGUAUCCUACUAAAAAGGAGCAAGAUCUUAGGUAUCGUCAUGUACAGCACGCUUCCGCUUAUGACCCUCAUUAUAAAGCGCAUUACGCCCAACAAAAAACUGGUAUUGCUCAUGGUGCCGUCUACCCGGAACCGCUCAACUACCAUCAGCAGUACGAGACCCGACAUGCGUAUACAACGGAGGCUAAAUACGAUAAGUCGACCGCGUACACGCCAUACCCAGCAGUGGAACCUAUUUAUGCCGCACCGCACCCAGGGCCUUCGGGUAUAACGUCGUAUGGCAGCGACUCAGCAAAUUCAGUGGUUUACGGCGUCAAACCAUCACCAGAGUCCGACUUCAAGCCAGUGUAUCCAUUCGACGGUCAGUUCUAUGGAGAGACGACGAGUCAUCCAGUCACUUAUGCUCCGACAUCUAUGUAUUUGGGAUCCAAUAACGAGGCUGAUGACACUGCAGAUAAGUAUGACGAUGGAUCGUAUUCAAAUUCAAAUGAUGGUAUGGGUGACAACAAAUUUGUAGUUGGCAACGUACCCAAAGAGCUAAAUGAGGACUCGGCCACGCCGGCGGUGGUCCCAGAACACGGUCCGAGAAGUGUGAGAAAACGGCGUAAUGUUUCUAAGCGCAGAGCCAUAAUUCAAACACUUGAUGACAUUCUAAGAACGAAUAAAGAGGACAGAGACGUGUUCUUAAGUAACGAAAUCGACGAAAUUCCCCAUAUGCCAGCUAAAUAUUCAAGCUUUUAUGAAAUGCUUACGGAGAAAAAUGACGGGGCCAAAGUUAAAGAAGAAGACAACAUUGUCGCGGUCUACGGAGUGUCUGCUGAUCCGAUUAGAGUGCCGUCUGAUAUCUCCACGACAACUAAGAGCAGCGUCGUAGAAAGUGUUUCGACUCUACCUGUUGAUCAUUAUAAAGAGGAGAAAGUAGCUACAGAAACGGAUAUUUCAAAUGAAUCGUAUACGACAGCAAAAACUUUUAAAGUAUACGAGGUAUUCACAACAAGCAGUCCAUUUGAGGAAAUUGAUAAUAGCAGCCCCCUUAGUAACGUUGAACCAAAAGAUGCGGUGACAUCAAAGGAGGUGACGACGCAGGUUCGUAAUCUGAACACGGAAACCACAACUGAAUUCAAAUCAGAGACUACGUCUACGAUGCCACCAUCGCCGUCACCUAUAACGGAACCCAAACCAACAACCACUUCCCAACCGAAACCUACCUACGGUCCGGAAGUAAUAACCUAUCCGCCGUUAAACCAAGAUGGCGGAUUCUUCGGUUUCCUCAAACGCUUAGUCGAGUUCAAAUACAGGCUUGGAUUGAGCAUUUUGCAGGCAACGUCGGAGUCCUUGAACAGAUAUUUACGCAGCGUGGAAGACACAGUGAAGAGUGUCGCAAAGGCAUCGCAUAAA